AAAAUUUUGAUUUAAUAGAUACAAUCGACUUAGACGAAAACAUUUUGAUAAUUUAUAUUUUUUUAUCUAGUUUUAGUUUCAAAUAUUCCUUAAAUGUUCACACUUCCAACAUAAAAAAUAAUAAUAUCAAAGGUUAAUAGUUCCCUAAUAAAGGUAUUUGAAAAAAAAAGAUUUUGCAUCUGUUUGACCACUUGAAAGUAAUAUGGUUCCUGUUUUAUAAGAUAGAUUAUUAGUGGUUGUUGAGUGGUAAUAAACAUUAAAUCCAUAAGUGAUUUAUUUAUGUAUAACAGACACUUUAAUAAUGAUGUUGCUUUCUAGAGUAGUUAACUAACACUAUGUCAUUUUACGGCUUCAAGAAACAGUUGAAUAAAACUAGUCAGUAUUUGAGUGAGAAGGUUGGAGGGAACAAAGGAUCUCAACUUGAAGAAGAUUUUGUUGGCCUGGAACGGAAAAUAGAUGCAACAGAAAAAUGUAUUACUGAAAUGCAUAGAAAGUCAAUUGAAUAUUUGCAACCAAAUCCCACUGCAAGAACCAAACUAGCAUUCCAGGCAUCAAUGCAGAAAGCAAGAGGUCAAGCCAAGUCUGUAAAAUAUCCACAGCCAGAACAAAUGUUGGCUGAUGUUUUUACGAGAGGUGGAAAUGAAUUAAAUGAUGAUUCUCCUUAUGCAAACUCGUUGACAGAGCUGGGUGAGAAAUUUCAUGAAAUGGCUGAAAUUAAGGAAUCAAUGGAAAGUAAUGUAAAACAAAACUUUUUGGAUCCAUUGUUUCAAUUGCAACAAAAAGAUUUAAAAGAAAUUAGCCAUCACCGGAAAAAGUUAGAGAGCAGACGUCUUGAUUUUGAUUACAAGAAAGGAAAAGGCGCAAAAGUUUCUGCAGAUGAGCUCCAAAUGGCAGAAGAAAAAUUUGAAGAAUCAAAAGAUCUUUGCUAUAACAGCAUGAUGAAUUUUAUUGACAGUGAUACUGAGCAUAUUGGACAGUUGCAUGUUUUUGCUGAAGCUAUUCGUGAUUACCAUCGUCAAUGUUCAGAGAUUAUGGAUACUGUUGUGACGGUUCUUUCUGAAAAACUCUCCGAAGCAGCAAGCAGACCUCGUGAUGACAGAACCUUUAUUUCGCGACCAAAAUUUAGUGCAGACAAUGACAGUUUAGACUCUUACGAGCUUCACCAAGCUGAAAUGAAGACAUCUCCUGCGCCAGCGCAUAGGCCGAAUGCUCCAACUAUUUCAGCUCCUGUAAUGCCUGCACCAGCAGCCCCACGUACACCUAGUGCUCGUGGGUUGUAUGAUUUUGAACCAGAAAACGAAGGUGAAUUAGAAUUCAAGGAAGGCGACAUUAUUGAAUUGACAAGUCGAUUAGACGAGAAUUGGUUGGAGGGUGUUUGUAAUGGUAAAACCGGCUAUUUUCCAGAAAAUUAUGUCGAAAUUUUAGUCCCCUUGUAGAACGAGGCUUCUUCUUUACUCACCCAAAAUUAUUAUUUUGUGAUGAUAUAUAUAUAUUGAUCCUUAGUUUGUAAUUUAUUAGGUUGUACAAUUUAAGAUUUCUUUCACCUUUUACAUGUGUGGUGUCGAUUUGGCGUGCUAAGCCGUCAAAGUGUAGUACUAACCUUAUAGAAAUUUUAUUGUUGUGUUUUACCUGGAAGCUAAUUUUUAUUUUUAUUUUUUUUUAUACAUGACUAUUGUUAUGAUUUUUCUUAACGACGAUAUUAUCAAUUUAACCUUUUUUUUUUGGUGUGAGUAAUGUCUAGAUUUCACAAAAUCUUUAGUAUUAUUUCUUCUCCAGUUAAAUUUUUCAAUGGCAAUGCUUGGAACAAUCAAACAUAAAUACCAAUCAAAAAUGAGAAUGUUUGUUGUUUACACGUAUGUAAAAUUAAUAUUUAGCCUCUUGUUUUUAUCACUGAAAUAAGGAGAAAAAAUGUAUAGCUUGCACUUUUUGUUUUUAGGAAAAAGAUAUGCCCAAUAAUUUUUAGUAACUAUUUCUUUUAUAAUGUUAGUUUCUUUCACACAAUUCAAUAUUUGUUGUGAUUAUCUUACAUAUAUAUAUAUAUCUGUAUAUUUUGGUGGGUGCAUUUAUAAUUAUGCAUUUAAUCAUAGCACACAGUGUGAUCUAAAUGUUUAUCUAUGUAAUGUUUUUUGUUGUAAUCAACGUGCAAUAUUCUAA